UCCUCUCUCUAAAACCCACUCAAACUUUUCUCUCCCCUCUCCACCAUCUUCAUAUGCCCUCCCUCCCUCCCUCCCUCAGUUCCUCUCUGCAUCCCCUCUUUACUUCACCGAUUGAACCAAAUAGAAUAUUCACUCUCACAUAAUUUUAUAAUUUUGUUGCCGCAUAAAAUCCUAAGAUUUGCUGCAGGCUCAAUUUCUCUCCACGCCCCAAAAUGAGAAGGUAUGUGCCCAUUACUUCUCUCCUCUUACCCCUCUUCUUCUUGUUUCAUUUUGUUCUCUCUGAAAUUCCUUUAAACCAGAGAAACACCAUGAUCAAACUCUGCAGUCUCCUCCAAAACAACACGGCUCAACCUCCUCUUCCAUGGAAUAUCAGCAGAGACCCAUGUUCAUGGAAGGGAGUUACAUGCAAUUCCGACAACUCCUUCAUCACCCGAUUCUCUAUCCAAUUCUUCUCUCUCUCUAACCCUGAUUUCCUCCCUCUUCUUUGCCAGAUCAAUAGUUUGGAGUCUAUUGAUCUAUCCGACAACCACUUGAGCUCUAUCCCAAGUGGGUUCAUGACUGCUUGUGGAAAUCUCAGUGGGUUGAGAGAGUUGAAUUUCAGUAGGAACAGAUUGUCUGGUUCUUUACCUAAUUUUGAUGGGUUUUUGAAAUUGGAAUCUUUGGACUUGUCUCAUAAUUCAUUGAAUGAAACUAUUAGGUUACAGCUUGAUGGGUUGGUUAGUCUGAAAAUUUUGAGCCUUGGGUACAACCAAUUCAUUGGUUCUGUUCCUACCCACUUUGGGAAAUACAUGGUUUUGGAAAAACUUGGGCUUUAUGGCAAUCACUUCGUAGGUAAAAUACCCGAGGAAAUCGCGAAUUAUUCGAAUUUGACUUUCAUUGAUCUUAGUGUAAAUAAUCUUUCUGGGUCUAUCCCGGAUAGAUUCGGAGAGCUUCAAAAUCUGCAAGUUUUGAUUCUGUCUUCCAAUAAUUUGAGUGGUGGAAUCCCACAAUUCCUUUCAAGUGUUGAAACACUACAGCGAUUCGCUGCGAAUCAGAAUUCCUUUUCUGGUGAUAUUCCACCUGGGAUUACAAAGUUUCUGAGGAAUCUAGACCUUAGUUAUAAUCAGUUAAACGGGCCACUUCAGAAUGACCUUUUGUCCCAACCAAAUUUGGAGACUGUGGAUUUGUCUUAUAAUUCACUAGGCGGGUGGGUACCCAUAAACAUGUCAUCAAGUUUGGUGAGACUGAGGUUAGGAAACAACCGUUUGAAUGGGGCAAUCCCAUCUUCAGCCUUUGGAAGCCUUAAAAAACUGACCUAUUUGGAAUUGGACAACAACAGUUUGGGAGGUUCAAUACCUUCUCAAUUGGGUCUCUGUGAGAAUUUAGCACUGUUGAAUCUUGCUAAGAAUCAACUCACUGGUGUUUUGCCAGUUGAAUUGGGUAAUCUCACCAAUCUUCAGGAACUUAAACUUCAAGCCAACAAAUUGGUGGGGGAAAUCCCAAUUGAAAUUACCCAAUUGCAAUGGUUGAGGAAGUUGAAUAUCAGCUGGAAUGCACUCAAUGGUUCGAUUCCUCCUUCGGUUUCAAGGCUCCAGAAUCUUAAUAACUUGGACUUAAGAGGAAACAAUCUCAGUGGUUCAAUACCGGCUUCCAUUGGUAAUUUGACUUCUCUCAUUGAACUCCAACUGGGGAGUAACAAAUUGGGCGGGAAAAUUCCUUUGAUGCCUCAGAGUUUGCAGAUUGCUCUAAAUUUAAGCAGCAAUCAAUUUGAAGGCCUGAUACCAGAAACUCUGUCGCGAUUGAACGGAUUGGAAGUGCUGGAUCUAUCCAACAACAGAUUUACCGGGCAAAUUCCAGACUCUUUUGUUACAAUGGAAAGCUUGACACAGUUGGUGCUUUCCAAUAAUCGUCUCUUUGGAUUGAUUCCCAAGUUUCGUCCGUAUGUUUCGGUGAAUACAACCGGAAACACAGGUCUUAUAGAGCCCACAAACCCUAGCCCAACUCAAACGAAAAAGAGGGUCACUGUUGGCCUUGUUGCAGUCACUAUUGCUGUUAGUGCUUUCGCUAUUUUCAUAGGAACAAUCGUUGUUCUGUUGAUUUCCAGACGGUUUUACAAGACUAAGGAUGAGCGGAUUCAAUCCGAGGAACACUUUUCUCAGCCUCAGGUCAUUAGGGGAAAUCUUUUGACCCCAAAUGCCGUGCACAGAUCCAACAUCGACUUCAACAAAGCCAUGGAAGCAGUGACAAAUCCGUCCAACAUAAUUUUGAAGACUCGGUUCUCUACCUAUUACAAAUCCAUAAUGCCUUCUGGGAUAAGCUACUUUGUCAAGAAGCUAAACUGGAGUGACAAGAUAUUCCAACUGGGUACCCAUGAGAAAUUCAGUGAAGAGCUAGAAUCCUUAGGGAAGUUGAACAAUUCCAAUGUCAUGACUCCUUUGGCUUAUGUCGUGACCCUUGACAGUGCUUAUCUCUUCUAUGAAUUCGCACAAAAGGGUACCCUUUUCGAUGUGCUCCAUGGAAGCUUGGGAGAAGCUCUGGAUUGGGGGAGUCGUUAUAGCAUAGCAAUUGGAGUGGCUCAGGGCUUGGCAUUUUUACACGGGGGUGCUUCUGGUCCUGUUCUUCUCCUCGACUUGUCGAGCAAAAGCAUUCUGCUGAAGUCACUUAAGGAGCCUCAGGUUGGAGAUAUUGAGCUUUGUAAGGUGAUUGAUCCUACAAAAAGCAGUGGAAGCCUUUCUGCUGUGGCUGGUUCUGUUGGCUAUAUUCCUCCUGAAUAUGCCUACACAAUGAGGGUGACGAUGGCGGGGAACGUAUACAGCUUCGGAGUCAUUCUAUUGGAAUUGGUGACCGGAAAAUCUGCAGUGAGCCAGGGAACCGAGUUAGCCAAGUUGGUUUUGAGCAAUUCGGUGAAACAAGAUAAAAUGGAUCACAUUCUUGAUUUCAGUAUCAGCAGGACAUCACUUGCAGUUAGGAGCCAGAUGCUUGCAGUUCUGAGGGUUGCUCUAGCUUGUGUCAGCAUAUCACCAGAAGCAAGGCCCAAAACGAAAAGCAUUCUACGGAUGCUCCUAAACGCGCGAUAAGCUUAAACUUGCGGGAUAAAUUUCUACGAAGAAUGAUCAUCCAGAGUUUUGGUCAUGUCCCUAGCAGUAUGUUAUUAGAUACAAAAGAAUGGAAGCCUCUAACCAUUUAAGGUAUUAAGGGAGCGUUUUUUGAAAUUCAACAAGCCUGUAAUAUAUUGGCCAUGUUAUGUUCCAUUUUCAGUUACUAAAGUAUAUGUACGCGUGUGCCAGCUUUCAAAAAAGACUCGAUGUAUAAAAGUACUGGUGAUGUGGAUUGUUGCUGCUUGAUCAACGGCUACUGAGUGACAAUGAUAUUCAUACUUACAUUUGCUAAGAA